UGUUCAGUUGCUAAGCUGCAGCCGAGGAGCAACCGGACUGUCAACAAGUUGUCCUCAGCGGCUGAGACGGAUUAUCUGCGCACUGUUUAACGUUUAAACAUUCACCUCUCCGUUCAGAUGGUUAACUGCGGUGGACGGGCGGAGGUAAACUGACGGUGGAGGAGAGUCUACAGAGUAAAUGAGAAGCUGAUGUCGGUCCUCAGUGAUCCGGACUGAAUUCAUGAAUUAACCUCAGAAGUGUCCAGUCAUUCAAACAAAGCAGCCAGUCUCCCAGUGUGACCAGUAUGGCUGCAGCCAGCACCACCAAGAUCUCAUGGCGACUGCAGGAGUUCGAGGCUCACUCCAGCAGCGUUUCCUGUUUGGCUCUGGGGAAAAGCUCCGGCCGCCUGCUGGCCACAGGAGGAGAAGACUGCAGGGUGAACAUCUGGGCUGUGAGCAAGGCCAACUGCAUCAUGAGUCUGACUGGUCACAAGAACCCAGUGGAGUGUGUCCAGUUCAACAUGUCAGAGGAGCAGGUUGUCGCUGGUUCACAGUCUGGAUCGAUACGAGUUUGGGACCUGGAGGCCGCCAAGAUUUUAAGGACUCUGAUGGGACACAAAGCCAACAUCACCAGUCUGGGCUUCCAUCCGUUUGGAGACUUCCUGGCCUCCAGUUCCCUGGACACAAACAUCAAGCUGUGGGACGUGCGGAGGAAAGGAUAUGUGUUCAGGUAUAAGGGUCACACCCAGGCGGUGAGGAGUCUGGCCUUCAGUCCAGAUGGGAAGUGGUUGGCUUCAGCAAGUGACGACUGCACCGUCAAGCUGUGGGACCUGACUCAGGGGAAGACCAUCACCGAGUUCAGAUCUCACACUGCAGCUGUCAACAUCGUCCAGUUCCACCCCAACGAGUACCUGCUGGCAUCAGGCAGCUGCGACAGGACCAUCAAACUCUGGGAUCUGGAGAAAUUCACAAUGAUCGGCUCGUUGGAGGGAGACACGACUCCAGUCAGGUGUAUAUUUUUUAGUCCGGACGGCAGCUGUGUGUACAGCGGGGCCACAGACUCUCUGCGGGUCUUCGGCUGGGAGCCCGACCGCUGCUUCGACGUGGUGCCGGUGGGCUGGGGGAAAGUCUCUGACCUGGCAGUGUGCAACCAGCAGCUGAUCGGUGUGUCUCACCAGCUCUCCAGCGUUUCGUCCUACGUCGUCGACCUGAAGCGGGUGAAGAAGAGCGGCGGCUCCGUGAUCCAGGGAAUCAUCCAGGACAACCAGCCGCUCUCAGAGCCCAAGGAUCCUAAAGGAGUCGCACUGAGGAGGAACUACGAGAGACCCACAACCACCUGCAGCUCACAGAGGGUGAAGCAGAGGUCAGACGCUGAUAGGCGGAGCCCCGAAGGUGAGAGGCGGAGCCCCAGUGAGGAUGAGGCAGAUGAGAAACUGUCGUCAGCUGAGAUCCACAACGCUGAAGACUACAAGGAGAUCUUUCAACCCAAGAACGCCAUCUCUCGAACUCCUCCCAAGAUCUCCGAGCCUUUCCCUGCUCCUCCAGAAGACGAGACCAUAUUAGCCAUCAGCCAUCAGCUGAAGGACAUGGUUUCUCCGUUUCCUGACAAGCAGCAGGCUCCUCCUCAGGCCUCUUCUACUCCGGUCCAGAGGGUGGAGCCUACAGUGGUCUCCUGUGCGAAGCGUCCCGCCCCCUCAGCUGUGGGCCCUUCGUCCUCCGACCCCCCCACAUUCCGCCCCCCUCCUCCUCAGCCCCCCGUCACCACGGCCAAGUCUAAACCUCAACCUAAAAUCAUCCUGAGCACCAGGAACGAGCCCAUCGGACUGAACGUGGCCGACUUCCUGCCCUCUUCCCCCAACAACAGACCUGGAGCUCUGAGCGACGAGGAGGCGCUGUCUCAGAUCAAGAAGGGUCACGACACCAUGUGUGUGAUGCUGAGCAGCCGACACAAGAACCUGGAGACGGUCCGAGCCGUGUGGGCCAGAGAGGACAUCAAGAGUGCCUUGGACACGGCUGUCUCCAUGAACGACCUGUCCAUUGUAGUGGACAUCCUCAACAUCAUCAACCUGCAGCCGUCGCUAUGGAAACUGGACCUUUGUACGUCGAUCCUUCCUCAGAUCGACAAACUGCUGCAGAGUAAAUACGAGAGCUACAUGCAGACCGGCUGUACGUCUCUGAAGCUCAUCAUGAAACAUUUCUGGAUGUUGAUCUCAGACACGUUAAAGGCGUCGCCGUGUGUCGGAGUCGACAUCACACGAGAGGAGCGACACCAGAAGUGCAGAGCGUGCUGUAAGCAGCUGAAGAACCUCAGCAACAUCGUGAAGAACAAGGCGGCGCAGGUCGGUCGCCACGGCAGCGCCUUCAAAGAGCUGCAGCUGCUCAUGGCUCCGCUCGACGACUCACUCUGAGGACGGAUCAGCUGAUCUGACGCAGACACUACACACACACACACACCUGCAGACGCCUCAGUCACACAGAGUGUUAAUGAAAGUGUUAUUUAAAGAUGGCCACCUUCCUCAGAUCGACACUCGCAGGAAAAUCUUUGUCUUCCUCAGAAUCAGAGGAGGGACAUCAGCUGUCAAUCAACCUGCUCACUGACACAGACUGAAAUAAAACAGCGAGCAGCUUCAUCUCUGCUGUGGAAGACACUUCUUUAAAGUUCAACAGCUGCACGGCUCAGAGACAAAGACAGAGACAAACAGACUUGAGUGAAUUAUCUCAGUGAAACGGAGACGACAGCGUCUGAGGUUCAGCUGUAGAAAAUGUUUUCCCUCCCUCACAGACUUAAACAGGCUCUGCUCAAGUCAAAGGAGCCAAUCGUUAGCACUCUCAUGUCUGUGUUCAAUCUGAAGCUGGAGUCAGGUGGUUAGCUUAGUUUAGUACAAAGACUGGAAACCAC